AUGCCUCCAGCUCCAGUACUCCCAUCCUUGCAAGACAAGCUCCUGCACGAAUGCCGCAUCUUCAAAGCCAACAUGGAUACCCAAUCCAAUAUCCUGCUGUGUGAUCCAGAUGGUCGAGGUACGGAGCGCAUCGGGGAUGUCAUUCUCGCGGUGGCAGAAUUGGAUAUUCAAGCGGAUCGGAUCAUUAGCAUUGCACUCGGUAUGCUUGCUGAGGCUUCCGAUAGCGAGAUCAUUCGUCGGAAUACUUCCUUUUGGCUCCGUGCACAUAAUGGUUAUCACAAGUUCGAGAAUGUGUUUUAUGGCAUGAAGCGCGAGAUGAGUCAGUUACUAUGGAUUCUUAACGACGACCAGAAUGAGUUCGUAUGUGAUUACUUUGCUGGAAGUCUGGAGAGACUUGCAAGGAAGGUUUCAUUUCACCUGAAUGUUUAG